GUAAGAAAGGGUGAGUGAUAAAGGGUUCUUUAUAUUCUACAUAUCAUCAUUUCUAGUCUUUAACACAUUUGAGAGAAAUCAAAAAGUGAAUUCUGUAUUCUCUUUCCUCUGAAGGGUGUUUUGUGAUGGGCAAUUACAAGUUCAGAUUAUCAGAUAUGAUGCCCAAUGCCUGGUUUUACAAGCUCAAGGAUAUGGGCAGAGCUAAAAACCAGUACUCUACCAACACAAAUUCUCAAUCCUUGAAGAAAAAACAGCCAACUUCAUCUACAACAACAACAACAACAACAACAACACAAACACAACUAUCAAAACCAAAACAACCCCACCACCAUUAUCAGUAUCCAAGAAAGUCCUAUUAUUUCACUAGGGAGAUUAUCCCUAGUGAUAAAUUCUACAAUUCUCCCACAAAAACAAAAUCCUCAGACAUCGAUUUCCCUGACCCACCAAGAAAAUCAACCAAACAGAGAAGACUGAAGAGAAGAACCUCCAGUUCUGUUCCCAAGAUUGUCAGUUCAUCCGUUUCUGCUGGCUGUAGCUGCCAUGCCACAAUCUGGAACAAGUCUGAUUCUCCGCAAGAUUGUUCUUCUUCACCACUUGAUAGCAGCUCCCCGGAGCCACAACUUCUUCAGGAUUGUGUACCUGAUUACAGGUGUGAUAAAGUUCUUGCUUCCGAUCACUCUUUUGAUAGCAUGUUGGCCUGGUCAAACGCUCGUAGCUGCAAAGUAGAUUCUGAUAAUAAUGCGAAAGAUAUCGUUAUUGAUGUGGAUAAGAAAUCUCUUGAGCCUAAAAAUGUCGAUGGGUUCGAUAGUUUAUCUGAACUUGAACUCCGUCCCAUCAUAACCAAGCCCUCCAAGGUCAACGACACCAGUGAGCCAACCAAGUAUAGAAGAAGUACAGCUAAAUAUGAACAAUCAAAUGCUCACGGUUCACUGUCUGUUAAGGUUGUGAAAGAAGAGAGAAUCAAUACUAAAGAACACAAGACGAGUCCAGUUAGAAAAUGUUAUGCUAAUUCUCCUGGAGUACGUUUGAGAACUAAUUCUCCGAGAAUCGCAAGUAGGAAGAUUCAGGCUCACGGGCGAAGGAGCACUUCAUCGAGUUCGAGUAAUUCACGGAGGAGUUUGUCUGAUAGUUGUGCUGUUGUGAAGUCAUCAUUUGAUCCUCAAAGAGACUUCAGAGAAUCGAUGGUGGAGAUGAUUGUGGAGAAUAACAUCAGGGCUUCAAAGGAUUUAGAGGACUUGUUGGCUUGUUAUCUUUCAUUAAAUUCUGAUGAAUAUCAUGAGCUCAUUAUCAAGGUAUUCAAGCAAAUCUGGUUUGAAUUGACUAACGUUCGGAUUAAGCAGUAAUAAAUGCAUCCAUAAUUCCAGAUAUGUAUAUACCUUUUUUGUUUUCUCUUUAAUUUCCAUUAAGAGUAAGAAUGUAGUUGAGCAUAAUUUCAUCAGUAGCUUCUUCAAUUAGCAGAAAUUUUUAGUAGUUUUCAA